UUCGAAAUUUGAAUGACAAAAUUACUGCCAUAACAACAAAAAAAAAGUUUUCGAUUUGGAUUCAUCAGAAUUUUCUUCAUUUGUUGACAAUUGAUUGAUUUCAACAUCAGAUUUCAUCAGCAGACGAAAAUCAUUAACACAUCACAAUCCAGUCCACACAAAUCGUUCAGACGUUCAUCGACGACAAGUAAUUUGAACCACACACACUAUAUGCACGCACUAUAUUCUCAUAUUUUAAUUAUCAUCAUUAUUAUCAUCAAACUCAAUUAUUAUUAUCACUUGAAUUGUAUACUGAUAAAAAUUAUUUAAAAAAAAAUUCAAAUUGCCUUAUUAUUAUUGAAAUAAUUAAUAUUUAAAGUGGAAAAAAAUUCAUUCACAUGGUCAGUAAGUGACAAUUACGACGACCAAUUUUGGAAUUCUAGUCAUCAAAAUAAAUAAAACAAAAAUCAUAAUCAACGAUAGUCAAAAUUCAAUUAAAUAAUUUUUUUUAAAAGCAGUAAAAAUCAAUAAUUUAAAACUUCCAAUUUUUUUGAAGAAACAAUAAUAAUAAUAAUAAAUUAGACCAAAAAAUGACUAAAGAUAGGUUGGCCGCUUUAAAAGCGGCACAAGUUGAUGAAGAAGAUGUUGCCGUUGGUGUGGAAGAAAAAGGUGGCUAUAUGGAAGAAUUUUUCCAGGAGGUAAGUGUGAUUUUAAUUUACUUUAAAAAAAUGAAAAUAAUUCGAUUGAUUCUUACACAGGUGGAACAAAUUCGCGAGAAUAUUGAAAAAAUGCAAGCAAAUGUUGAAGAGGUGAAGAAAAUACAUUCAGCUAUAUUAAGUGCACCACAAACCGAUGAUAAGGUCAAACAACAGCUAGAAGAUUUGAUGGGCGAUAUAAAAAGGACGGCAAAUCGUGUCCGAGGAAAACUAAAAGUGAUGGAACAAAACAUUGAACAAUUGGAACAGACAUCAAUGAUGAGCGCAGAUUUUCGUAUACGUAAAACGCAACAUUCAAUGUUAUCGCAAAAAUUUGUCGAAGUUAUGACCGAUUAUAAUAAAACACAAACAGAUUAUAGAGAAAGAUGUAAAGCAAGGAUACAAAGACAAUUGGAAAUUACUGGUAGAUCGACAACUAAUGAAGAGCUGGAAGAAAUGCUCGAAAGUGGUAAUCCUGCCAUUUUUACUCAAGGAAUUAUGACCGACACACAACAAGCCAAACAAACAUUGGCCGAUAUUGAAGCAAGACAUGCGGAUAUAAUUAAGCUUGAAAAUUCAAUCAGAGAAUUGCAUGAUAUGUUUAUGGAUAUGGCCAUGUUGGUCGAAUCACAAGGAGAAAUGAUUGAUCGAAUCGAAUUUCAUGUAUCCAGUGCAUUGGAAUAUGUUGAAGAAGCAGUGAAAGAUACGAAAAAAGCAAUGGAAUAUCAACGAAAAGCACGAAGGAAACAAAUUAUGAUAAUCAUUUGUUUGAUCAUCAUUGCAUUCAUUGUUGUUUCAUUACUACUAAGUUUCAUACCAUUCUAGUAUUCAAAUUGAUUUUUAGACCACCGAAAAUUCAUCGAAAAAAAUGAUGAUUAAAUAAUCACCGAGAAUCAAUGUACUAUUGAUCACUACAUUUUGAAAACAACAACAACAACAU